CUCACAAUUCCCAUCUCUUUUAUCAGCCCUUAAGCUCUUUCGACGCGCAAUUAUGAAGACUUUCACCGCUCUUGUCGGCCUUGUAGCUCUUGCAGCUGCUCACGGUGAUCAUCACGACCAGGAGCCCAUCGAGGGACCACACAAGGGUCUUUGGUAUAAUACUCUACCCGGCGAUGGUGGCACCCAGGCUGAUUCCGUUUUUUCUGGUAUAUCCACCUUCGGCCGCAUUCAGUACUCACCGUGCUUGUCCACCGAUGCCGUAAAGUACGAUAUUGCUUUCCUGGGCGCUCCUUUUGAUACUGGUACUUCGUACCGGCCCGGUGCUCGUUUCGGACCCAGCGGUAUCAGACAAGGUUCCCGGCGUCUCAAUCUUUACGGUGGUUACAACGUCCCCUUGGAUGCGAAUCCUUUCAACAGUUGGGCGACAGUCAUUGAUUGCGGCGAUGUUCCCGUGACUUCGUAUGACAACGGAUGGGCCAUCAAGCAGAUAGAAGAAGGACACAACAGCAUCCUGUCUCGCGCCCCUGCAACUGACGCCCACAAAAAGGGCUUGUCGAAGAAGGGCAAGACUUUGCCCCGUGUCAUCACCAUGGGUGGUGACCACACCAUCACGCUGCCUCUGCUUCGCAGCAUCAACCGUGAAUACGGACCUGUCAGUGUCAUCCACUUCGACAGUCACCUGGACACCUGGCGCCCCAAAGUCUUUGGUGGUGCCCCCAGUGAUGUUGCUAGCAUCAACCAUGGGACAUACUUUUACCAUGCUGCUCAAGAAGGUCUUUUGGCCAAUGACUCCAACAUCCACGCUGGUAUCCGCACGACGCUGUCCGGUCUGUCUGACUAUGAGAACGACGGAUACUGCGGGUUUGAGAUUGUCGAAGCUCGUGAAAUUGAUACCAUUGGCAUCGAAGGUAUUAUCAAGAAGAUCCGGGCCCGAGUUGGUACUAAGAGGCCCGUUUACUUGAGCAUUGAUAUUGACACUCUUGACCCUGCCUUUGCGCCUGCUACGGGAACGCCCGAGACCGGAGGUUGGUCCACUCGUGAGCUUCGCACGAUUGUCCGGGGGUUAGAUGGCAUAAACCUCAUCGGCGCCGACAUCGUCGAGGUUGCGCCUGCAUACGACACUAAUGCCGAGCAUACGACUAUGGCUGCUGCCGAUACACUGUACGAGAUUAUGACGAUGAUGGUCAAGAAGGGACCUUUGACUAUUGAGGCCGAGGAUGAGUUGUAAGGAUGUAGUCGAUGACUACUCUCAAGGACAUGUGCGGACAGAAUCGCGGACAGAAUCUAGUGUUGUCCAGCUCAAGGGAAAUUGAAUAUGACGGCAGCAUGAGAAUG